GGUUUCCCCUCCCAGGGAAGCGGAGAGGCGGAGCCGCCUUCCCUCCGUCGGGACUGGGAGCCUGGCUGGCUGGGAAGAAGGAGAGGCUCGGCCUGGGCGCGCCAUGGUGGAAGCCUGGUAUAUGGACGAGUCGGCGGAGGACCAGCGCCAGGCGCACCGCCGGGAGCCCAACGAGCCCGUCAGCCUGACGCUGCUGCAGCAGCUGGGCGUCUUCUACUGGAAAGUAUGCAGGAACGGGAGCCAUUCCUGGCGCCAGGGCUCGGUUUGGAAAGGGGAGCAGGAUCCAGGCGGGGCUGCGUUUCCCUCCUGUCCAGGGCGCAGCAGCCGGAGUCCUGCGCACAGCCGGCUGUGCGCUUUGGGUGCAGGUUGCGCGUACGCACACACUCAACAUUCUCCCGCUCAAAGAAUUCUGGGGGAUGUAGUCCACCCCUCGCAGAGCUGCGGCUCCUAUCCCCUCUUAACGAACUACAGCGCCCAGAAUUCUUUGAGGGGAGGAAUGUGCUUUGAAGGUGCGCACUGCUGCAGUUCGGUUUCCAGUCGCCAGAGCUGGGCGGCAAGCAGAGACGAGGCGCUUGCAAUGUGGUGGAAGUUUGUUGGACUCCUAGCUGCCAUCAGGUCCAGGGAUGAGGAGAGAUGCAUCUGGACCACCUCCAGCCAUUAUUUAUUUUAUGUUUAGGGGUGUGUGCAGAACCGAGUUAUCUGCGACGCAAUUGGUCAGUUAGUUAAUUAGUAUUUUUUAUGAGGGCCCAUGCCCUCAGCCAUGAUGAUCACUGGGCGACCUUGGGCCUGUCAUGUUCUCAUGGUUUAACCCGGCAUAGGCAAACUCCGGCCCUCCGGAUGUUUGGGACUACAAUUUCCAUCAUCCCUACCUAACAGGACCAGUGGUCAGGGAUGAUGGGAAUUGUAGUCCCAAACAUCUGGCGGGCCGGAGCUUGCCUAUGCCUGGUUUAACCCACCCCGCAGGGCUGUUGUGAGUAUAAAAGCGACACAGUCCAUAUCUGUGCCCCCUCUGAGCUCAUGGGAGGGAGAGACAGCUGUAGUUAUCAUUAAUAAUAGCAUUUUUAUUGUUGUUGUUGAUAAUAACUCUCAGAGGAGUAACUCUGUUAACGUGGUGGUAGCAAGAACAAUAGAGAGUUGUGUGGCACUUUAAAGAUGUAACAUUUAUUACUGCAUAAGCUUUCCUGGACUAGAAUCCACCUUAUUUUUGAAAUAAGAAAUAAUAAUAAUAAUAAUUCACUACAUUUAGAUCCUGCUUCUCUUCUGAGGAGCUGAAUGCAUACAUAGUUCCUCGGAUCUCUAUUUUAUCCCCACAACUUGGUGAGGUUGGUGUGAGGUCAAGAGAUACUGACUGGCUUAAGUUUACCCAGCGAGCUUCAUGGCUGAGUGAGGGCUUUUAAACCUGGCUUUCCUGGCUCUACUCCAGCACUCUGCCCAUGACACAGUGCUACCUCUUCUUCCGAUGUAUGAAUCGCCAUCCCCAACGGGUGUGGAGAAAAGCAGCCGUAAGCUGCUGGGCCCAGCGGCCAUAAAAUGCAGAAUUACAGCCUGUGAUAAUUGUAUGGAAAGCUUCCAUGUGCCCAAGUCAAGCACAGCGACUCUUGACCCUCCUGUAAGUGCCAGGAAUCCCCAUAUCACAUGCCGGUCACCUGGUCCCUGAACAGUGUUUUUCUACUACACUGGCCACUUGCUUUGUUUCUGCUUAGCUUCAGCAUGGUGGCUGUAUGAUGUGCCCCCGGACCUUCUACAGUACUCUGUAUUUCACAUUUGACUACAGACACUAGAGCGUGAAAUACAAAAGCAUUGAGUGUGGAAAGCUCCUAUUGUUUCCUUUUGAAAUAUGUGGAGAUUGGGGCUGGGGAAAAGGUUAGGCCCUUGCUUCCCUUGUAUAUUUGAAUAGGUGGAGUGUACCGAUGCAUACCUCAACUAAAGUGGAUUGGGAGUAUCUUUUGUGCUGUACCACAAAUGAUUGAUUUGCUUAGCUCACAGAACCACAGAAUUGUAGAGUCGGAAGGGACCAUGAGGGCCAUCUAGUCCAACCCCCUGCAAUGCUCAAACCCCUGACCCUGAGAUUCAUGCUGUACCAACUGAGCUAUCCCAGAGGUUAAAAAUGCACAUGUAGACAGAUGGGCUAGCAAAACAUUUUGCAGGCUCUUUAUCUGGGAUAUCUUGUUUACAAAGCAAAGGUCGUGGAAGUAUUUUAAACUAAGUGUUCUCUCUAUCCUACAGUUUAUUUUAGAGCAGUGGUUCUCAAACAAUUUUUUUAUGGGCCACUUGAAAAUUUUGGGGUCUCAGAGGACCACUUUGUUUGUGUGUGUAUGCAAGCUAGAAAUCAAAGCACAUCUCUUACAUUUAAAAAAAAUAAUCAUAGUCUUGAUUUUCUAAUCUGAUGGAUGUGCCAGCUUUGCGUGUAAGCAAAAUUUCCCCAUAUUAUUAUAUUAUAUUAUAUUAUAUUAUAUUAUAUUAUAUUAUAUUAUAUUAAACAUACCCCUCCCAUCUGGCUGGGUUUCCCCAGCCACUCUGGGCGGCUCCCAACAGAAUAAUAAUGAUAAAGUGAUAAAACAUCAAACAUAAAAAACUUCCCUAAACAGGGCUGCCUUCAGUUGUCUUCUAAAAGUCAGAUAGAUUUCCUUGACAUCCCAAGGUGAGUGUAAUGUUUGUCAGCUUUGGUCUCAGGACAUUAUCCAGCAUUCCUUUUCCAUAUUUGGACUUGAGGGUGGCAGGGGAUGGAAAUCUCACCUUGCAACAAGAAAUAAUAAAAAAUAAUAAUAGUAUUAUUUGUACCCCGUCCAUCUGACCAGGUUGCCCCAGCCAUUCUGGGCAGCUCCCAACAUAUGAAAACAUAAUAAAACAUUAAACAUUAAAAAAACUUCCCUUAUGAAAAUCAUGGCCCUCAGGCUAUGGCUUUAUUUGCCUGUUCGAUAAUCCAGCUCUGGUCAAAACAUCCUCUGUCUCUGUUGUCAGAAGAAGAAAAAAAUCAAUUGCAUGGCCAUGUACAGCUAUUCUUGACUGUCCUCAUAGCACCUGAGUGGAGUUUGUGGGGGCCAAAAGUGAUUUGCAGACCAGAGCUUGAGUACCUCUGCUUUAGGGUUUAGCAUAAACCUUUGGGACUGCUCAUUUAACACAUCAGCAAAGGAGUUUCUAGUGCUUGCUGUAGUUUACAUUACAAUGUCAGUACAAACCAUUGAUUAUCCUAGACAGGAUGGGUGGUGAGUGGGCAGUGUGGACCUGCAUUUGGACUCCCACGAGUGCUGCGCUGCUUCCCUCAAGGUGCAACCCAUUGCAAUUACGGAACAAAUACAGUUAAAUCAGGACCCGGGCAGUAUAUUAAACUUGUGAAAUAAUCAAUGAAGACCCCUUGAUUCUUGUCGGCGUUUAAAUUUAAUCUCGUUUGUUUGCUGCGUCCCUGCUGCUCCCCCUCUCAAGGCUAAUUUUGUUGUUUUGUAAAGCUGCUCUGCCAAAGAUGGCAGCCUGCCUGGAGGGAAAUUCAGGAAGGGAAAGUUGUAUAAAACAGCUGAGAGCUCUUCAUGGACAGAGGCUUCUUGCUGGUGUAGCAGUCUUCCUUUAGGGGAACCCUGCUCUACUGUUGACAGUGGAAGGCCAGCUUUUCAACGAUCCCUUUUUGAGGAACAAAAGUGGUUUCAGAAACUCAGAACUUUAUUGCCGGUUUCCAGAACAGCCAAUUCUGUCCCCUCCAGAGAAUUCUGGACUGUGAAUCCCCACCACCUCCAACCAUUGGGCAUGCCUGACCUAGCCUGAUGUUUAACUGAGAGUCAAUCACAUCAUUUGAAAAAUAAGACUUUAGAGCCGCCUGGCCCCAAAAUGGCAACUAGACAUUCCAUUUUGGCAACUAUAACCUUGGUUUAAGGAGCCAUUUGGCACCUGGCUUAUAUAUUUUGAGUGUCUUACACGGGACUUAAGCAGGUAAUAGCACCAGGGCUUUAUUUAUCUGUCACAAGAGACUAGGGCCCAGCGGGACUUGACAUCUUUCCGCAGGGCCUGCAAGAAAGAGCUGUUCCGCCUGGCCUUUGGUUUGGACUCAGUCUGACCCUUAUGUUUCCCUCCCCUUAUGGUUUUGACUUUUAAAAUGAGGCUGCAUUUUAAAUUGCAUUUUAACCUGUAUUUUAGAUUGUUUUUCUUCUUCUUCUCAUUUUCUUGCUUUGUUUUUACUGAAAUUUUAUUGGUGUUAGCCGCCCUGAGCCUGGCUCUGGCCGGGGAGGGCGGGGUAUAAAUAAAAUUUAUUAUUAUUAUUAUUAUUAUUAUUAUUAUUAUUUCCUCACCAGUACAGUGGAAAGACUGACAACUGUGGGAAUGUUCAUUGAGGCAGGAGAGGAUAUAUUGCUUAUUAAUAUCCUUCCUAACUUGCACUAGCAAGUUCCUUUACUUAGCAAAGUUUUAAAUUCACCUUUUAAAUGCACAGCAGAUAGCUGGUUGCAGGCUUGUGUAAGCCUUUCAUUACUAGGUUCCUGGUAAGUUCUCUAAUAUCCCUCUUAAAAGAAUAAACAUGCCACAAUCUUCUUUGAAGUAUAUAAAAGAAGUUUACUCACAUCAUCAGUUCACAGUUGGAUCCCUGAAGGCAGACUUAAUUACAAAGUGUAUACAUGUGGAUCUAUCCCAUAUGGGAAUAAUCCCAGUGUCCUCUGUUGGCUUUCAGCCAACAGAGCAUUUCUAGUUAAAAUGCUGCUCCAACGACGGAGGAAGUCAAAGAGAGAGAGUGCUGCGUGCCUUGUCCUUUUGUUACAUGGACAGGUAAGGUCACGCCCACCUCUAGUCAGAUGCAAAGGAAGUAUGUCCCAGCCCAGGAGGAAACAGGAAGUAUUCGACUGGCUGGACCAAACUUUUCCCCGCAUGUCCAAUCUAGGAAAACAAGGAAUGUUGUACUUGACUGCUACUUCUGUAUCACAUCCCACAACAACCUGCUCUGCAGAGUCAUAAAAGCGUUUUGUACGUAAGGAGCGUUUGGGAUGCAGCCGAUCGCAAUGACUGCCUCGUUUUGAACAUUUCUGUCACCAAAACCCUUUUCUUAAUUCCGCAGCUGGAUGCUGACAACUAUGAGACCGAUCCUGUCUUAGCAGAGAUCCGGAAAGAAAGGAACUACAACUGGAUGGAUAUAAUAACGAUACACAAAGAUAAGCUUCCGAAUUACGAAGACAAGGUAUAAUACAUUCUGUCUCUUGUUUGGGCCUUGAAAGGGUUGCAAGUGCUGGAACUCGCCACUAGAGUGUGUGCCAGUUUCAGAAGUUGUCUGAUUCUGCUGUUUGAACACUGGCUGUCCCUUUCCUGAGAACUAAGGCUGAAAUCCUAGCCCUACUUAACCUGAAAAUAAGCCAAAUUGAAUUAAAUAGGGCUGACUUCGGAGUAGACAUGGCUGGAUUUUGCUGUCCGUCAUGCAGUUGUUCUCCCUCCUGCCCUAGUGCAUUUCAGAACAAAUUAUAAUGGGAAGAUAUGUGCUUCCCUUCGGUUGCUACCUGUUAUUUUUCUGACAGGGCUCCUGUACCUUCUUAAGAGCUGGUGAAUUCUGGAGUGCAGACUGGGGGAUACAAUGAGUUGCACCUGUUUGAUUUCUGCCUCCUAUGCUGCUGUGAAAAGGCACAGCAAAUGUACUAGAAAAAAUGGAGAAAGCUGGCAGCAAGAUGCAUGCAUGCAAAUCACUUCUGCCUUUUAACAUGCAGUUAAGUGAGCAUUUGGGAAGUUUUGGUUGUAGGCAUGAGCUCUCUCACUGGCCUGCUUUGGAUAGAACUGUAGAAUUGUUGAGUUGGAAGGGACCCUAAGGGUCACGUAGUCCAACCCCCUGCAAUGCAGGGAUAUUGCAUUAAACUUGGGGUGGGGGGUUUCUAGCCCUCCAGAUGUUUAGAUCAGGCUCCUGCCAGCCCCUUCCAGUGUGGUCAGUGAUGAUGAGAACUGUAGUCCAGUAAUGUUGGGAGGGCAGAGGUUCCUCGUUCCCACGCAAAACCGUAGUUUGAUGUGAUUUUUGCUGCUUAUUGGUAACCCCUAGACUACACUCCUCCACCUUACGUCUGGCAAUGGCACGGUGCAGUGAAUGGGAUUACAGUAUCCAAAGUUAAUAUAACUUGGCUUAUAUUCCACCAUUUCUCUAAGGAACUUAAUGCAAUAUGUGGUUCUCUCCACCCUCUCUGUUCCUCACAGCAGCCUUGCAAGGUAGGACAGGCAGAGAGAAAGCCACUCCCGGAACUCCCAUUUCAUUUAACGUUCAUUUCACUUUUAAUUUGUAUACUGCCUUUCUAUAUUACUAUACACAAGGCAAGUUUAUAAGCCGGAGAAACAACAAAAUAGGCAGCAAAGAUCACACAUGUAAUCACAAUCUGAUCCUGUACAAAAUACGUCACAACUACAGUGGUACCUCGGGUUACAUAUGCUUCAGGUUACAGACUCCGCUAACCCAGAAAUAGUGCUUUAGGUUAAGAACUUUGCUUCAGGAUGAGAACAGAAAUCGUGCUCCGGCGGCGCAGCAGCAGUGGGAGGCCCCAUUAGCUAAAGUGGUGCUUCAGGUUAAGAACAGUUUCAGGUUAAGAACGGAGCUCUGAAACGAAUUAAGUACUUAACCUGAGGUACCACUGUACUUGAAAAUAAGCAACUGAUAUCAAACAAAGCAAUAUUUAGUUAUCAAUUACAAGAUAAUAGUAAACAGUAAAAUUAAAUAUUAGCGAGUAAUAAUUAAACAGCUUCCACUUAUCAAUUACAAUAAAGAAUUACUAAACUAUAAUCGAUAAAAAUAAUGGUAAGUCACAAUGCAGAAAACACCACAAAACAUAGAAAACCAUAUAAAGUGAUCAAAUUGAGAAACAAGGACACAAAACUAUUAUUAUUAUUAUUUAUUAUAUAUCCCUGAACUCCUCUUUGCUAGAACUUGGAUCGCUAACUGCUGCACCACACUGCCUCAUGAGCUGAUGAUAUUACUAAUUGGGCAAACUUCAUUGCCUUGUACGUUUCAGGAUUUCGAGCCAGACAGGUUUCCUCUAUCGGCAUAUCUGUUUGGAGCCAGCAGAAGGCAAGACAGACGGAAUGCUGCCAAACACCUUGUCUCUCAACAUAAAUAUAUGUUUUCUGCCGUUUUGUGUCUCUCUUGUUCUGUGAACACUGAGAUGAGGAGAUACCACCUGAGCACACUCACCUGACGGUUUUACCUCCGGGGUGACCAGGUGAAAAAGGAAGGCAGGGCUCCUGUACCUUUAACAAAGCCAUGAUUCUGCUGAAGUGAACAGGCUUAUUUAUAUGUUCUGAAAUUGCCUCUUCUACACAACUCUUAAAGGUGCAGGAGUGCCUCUUCUCCCUCCUUCCCUCCCUCCCACCACUACCACCACCCACCCUACUUAUCUGGCAGAAGGACGUAUGUUAAGCUUCUGAACAAUUGGCCACACCGCUUCCUUGGGACAUUAUAAAUGAAAGCAACAAAACCGGCUGGUUCUAUUCUAGUCGUCAUUAUUCAGACUUCUCAGAAAGAGGGAGCUCUUCUGCCUCUCCUUGUCUGGUUGUCAAGGUGAUGCGUUUUAAGUGCUAUGAAUAUUUUAGUAAUUUCGCGACUGGAGUGGAGUCUGAAUGCCUACCCAGCUUAUUUCUGCCAGGUUCUGCGAUCUCCCUGACCUGUAACAUGUCUCAAGAGCAUUAUCAACCUGGCAGCGCAGGCUGACGCACCCUCCUGAAAGCUCCAGUGCACUUCAGCUGUUGUCGGCUCGCAAAAUCAUUCCGCCACUAAAUUUAGGUUUUUCUCCUCUCCCUCCCUCUUACCUCCAGAGCUGACUAAGCACUUGAGGAAGCGGGUCAGUUGUGGUGGCACCUUUGGUUAAAAAAAAAAAGGCUUUUACAGAGGGAGGAGCUGGGAAAGAGAAUAAUUCAUUGGCAAUUCCAUGCACUUCAGGUGCACCUAGGUAAUUUUACUUGCAGAUCCAUCAUGUAAAGAGUAGUUGAGUUCUGAUACAGAGCUGUGGUUUGGACUUCGUUGGACUCUUGAAUCACCUCCAUCCCAGCCAGCAUGGGUUCUGGAGGACAAUAACAUCACCAUAGCCACAGGUCCUCUUGGGGUAAGAUUGAAUAGCUGGGCGCUCAGUGAAACUGGCUGACAGGAGGAGAUUCAGGGCAGGUGAAAGGGCCACCACUUCCCACAAACCACCAGUCAUGGAUUCCUGAGCUGGAUCUACAAUGACCUGCUUAACAUUAUUAGAUACAGUAGUACCUUGGUUCUCAAACAGAAUGCUUUCCCUGGAGUCCGGUCGACUCCCGGAACCGUUUGAAAACCAAGGCGUGGCUUCUGAUUGGCUGCAGAAGUGCCCUGCAGCCAAUCAGAAGCCAUGCAGGAUGUUUGGCUUCUGAAAAUUGUUCGAAAAACCGAACACUCACUUCUGGGUUUCGAUCAUUUGGGAGUUGAUUUGUUCGGGAGGCAAAGCAUUUGAGAUCCAAGGUACGACUGUAUAUCGUUCUAAAAUGUCACAGGGCAUACUUGUAAAAUAGAGCAUUUUUUAAACCUUCCCCCCCCCCCCCCAUCAAAAAUGGCUAUCUGCCUACUGCUGGUUGCAGCACCCUUGGGUAUCACAUUUUAACAACGCAUUACGAACGUUAUAAGGAGGAUGCCAUGUGUCCAUAAUGCUUAGCAAAACGCUUCCUUAACAUUAAAAACCACAUUGUUUAUUUCUUUCUAUUCUGACAUCUUUAUUGAAAGUUAAAAAGUACAUAGUUAUAUGUGCACUAAACAUGGUCAGACGUAAAUAAAAGAGAGAGAAAUAAAAAGAGAAACAGCACCUGUGUAGAAGGGAAAGUAAAGGGAGAGGAGGGAAAUAAAACCUAAAACUCUAUACUAUUGUUAUUGUACUUCACCAGAUCUUAACCUAUUACAGUAUUUUUAAGAAUGCAUUCCAAAUAUCGUUGAAUUUCGUCCAUGGCAAGUCUGCGUUUAUAUGCAAGUUGUUCAUAUGUUGCGAGUUUGUAUAAGUCUUCAAUCCAAUCGUAGAAGGGAGACGCAUUUUUAUUUUCCCAAUUCAUCAGUUUCAGUCUUUUUGCCAUGGUAAGGGCCCGGAGAGUCCACUCAUAUUGUCCUUUCGUAAGGUUCCCUGUGCUGGGCAUAUCUUUCAAAAGGAUAUUUUGCUCUGUAAAUGUGAGGUUGUUCCAUACAGUCCCUGCUGAUGGUUUCAGUUACCUUCUGCCAAAAAUAUUUCAAUAUAGGACAAUGAAAAAAACCAUAGGUUUGAGAGAAGCAUUAUCCCUAUUAAAAACCGUGAGUGUAGAUCUGUCCCUAGUAGCCUUGGGCAACCUGGCGCCCUUGAGGAACAUGACUGAUGGGAAUUGUAGUCAAUGCUAACAAUCAUCCAGGUGUGUUUGGGAUUGGCAUGGGUCCAGUUGUGACCACGUGGAGAUUUCUGGAUGCCUGGUUGGUGACACCUCCACCUGGCUAGCCCCUCCAGCUUUCUUAAGCAGCUAAGCAGAAGAGCUUGUUUAUUGCACUUACAGUGGUACCUCAGGUUACAUACGCUUCAGGUUACAGACUCCGCUAACCCAGAAAUAGUGCUUCAGGUUAAGAACUUUGCUUCAGGAUGAGAACAGAAAUCGUGCUCUGGCGGUGCAGCGGCAGCAGGAGGCCCCAUUAGCUAAAGUGGUGCUUCAGGUUAAGAACAGUUUCAGGUUAAGAACGGACCUCUGGAACGAAUUAAGUACUUAACCUGAGGUACCACUGUAUCUCUCACCUUUCUCUCCAAGUUCUCCAUGGUUCACCCCCAUCCUCAGUUAAGGAUUAAGAGGCUGCAACUGGCCCAAGGACACCCAGCGAGCUUCAUGACUGAGUGGGGAUUCAAACCCUGAUCUCCCAGGUCCUAGUCCAACGCUCUCACCACUACACCACACUGGCUUCCUAGAGUACUUCUGCUAUAGGUCAGCUAUAUAAAUUCGGCAAGUAACUCAAUAUGGGGAAAGCGGAAUGUCACUUCGAGAAGGACAUGAAAUAUUUUCCUUGAAGCUUGAAUUUGUUUUAUUCUGGAUUGUUUGAUUUGAUGUUUUAAUGUGUUGUGAACCACUUUGAGACUUUUUUCCCAUUAAAAUAUAAAGCACAAUAGAAAUGCUGAUGCUGAUGCUGAUAUACAAAAUCUGCUCAGGAUGAUAGAUCCAGUGUGAUUAGUAUCUACAUGGUGCUUAGAGAAUAACUUGCACCUAAAUACUAGUAAGACAAAGGAGAUGGUGUUGGACUUCCGGAAGAAGAGAGGGGAACCUGCCCUGUUGUAUAUUAGUGGGGACUGUGUGGAGAGAGUCUCCUUUAAAUUCCUGGGAGUUGGGAGUUUACCUUAGUGAGGACCUCACUUGGAAAAUCAGCAUAACUCAGGUGGUCAGAAAGGCCCCACAGAGACUCCAUUUCUUCAGGGUCUUGUGAAGGAAUAAUGUUAAACAACAACUGAUGAACUCCUUUUACCGGUCCACAAUAGAAAGUGUCCUUUCAUAUUGUAUCACAGUGUGGUAUGCUGGCCUGACAGCCAUGGACAGAAAGUCUCUACAGAGGGUGGUGAAUACAGCACAUGCUAUCAUGGGCUGUCCCUUGAGUCCACUAGAUGACAUCGCAAGGGAUUGUUGCCUGAGGAGAGCGAGAAAAAUUCUCAGGGAUGACUCACACCCCGGCCAUCACCUCUUUAAUCUUCUACCCUCGGGCAGGAGAUACAGAAGUAUAAUCAGCCGUACCAACAGGCUAAAAAAUAGCUUCUAUCCAUGGGCUGUUAGGCUGUUGAACGAAAAAUAACAUAGCGAAAAUGACUUGCGAGGUGGUGUGUUGUUUGAUAAGAGAUUUGAGUGGUUUUUUGGGGGGGAGGCUCAUUGGGUUUCAAUUGGGAAGUUCCUCAAAAGAGCGAUCUGCAAUAUGAGAUUAAUGAUUCUGCCCUGCCUUGCAAGGUUGCUGUUAGAGAACGCUGGUAAAAAGCUUGAAGAGCGCUCAAAGGACUCUCCUUUCAGUGCCAAAUAUUGCAUUAUUGAGAGGGGCUUUGGGUUUCCUGGCUCAACAUCUUGCAAUCUUUACAUGCUUUGCCGCUUGUAAUAAGAUUCGCGAAAUUGAAAGCCGCUUCCUUCUCUCUUCCCUUCCCCUUUCCCAGAUAAAAAUAUUUUAUGAAGAGCACUUACACCUGGAUGAUGAGAUUCGCUACAUCCUGGAAGGAAGUGGGUAUUUUGACGUUCGCGAUAAAGACGACAAAUGGAUCCGGAUUGCCAUGGAAAAGGGAGACAUGAUCACGCUUCCUGCUGGCAUCUAUCACCGAUUUACGCUGGAUGAAUCUGUAUGAAAUUACUUCCCCACCCCCCACCCCCCCAUAAACAUCUACACAGAGUUGACAGAAUUGUCUGCAGCUGUAGAACAGCAUAUUAAUAACAAAACUCUUGAGACCUGCAGUGUAAUCUGCUAAAUUAAAAAAUGUGUGGGUGGGAUAAUGAGGGAAGAACAGGCAAUGGGUACAAAAUCAGAGCCUGUGACCACUUUUAUUUGUUUUUCUAUUUAAAAAAAAAAAAGGAAUUUAGGGCUGCAUCUCAACAGUGGGAACUGGGGCUGCAUCAGUGCCAGAUUUAGAGCAUUGUGAGUGGUUCCCAUGAAUAGGGUGCUGAGCUGAGCAGGGCUCAAAAUUGAGAAGAUCCUUAAUUGAGACGAUCCAUUUGGGGGAGCAAAAUACUGGCCUCACACAGAGCGUUAUAUUAGAAAGAUGACCAUCUCUGGCUGCAGACAUACAGACAUACCAUACAGUUAACGCAUGCCAUUUCCCCCAGGGAAUUAAGGGUACUGAGAAUUGUAGUUCUGUGAGGGGUAAACUACAGUUUACCAGAAUUCAUUUUUAUGUGUGUGGGGGGGGGAGAUGUGCUUUACAUGCCUGGUGUGAACACAACCUGUGUUUUGCCAUAUUAAACCUGUGGAGUAGGGUGGGGAGAGUCACUUGAAAUUCAUUGAAGGGAUUCCUCCCCCUCCCCUAAUUUUUAUCAUCACCACCACAACCACCAUAAUCUCCAAGGAACUCAAGGUACAUAGCUGUUCCUCAUCAACAAUUCUGUGCGGUUGGCUUGGCUGAGAGACUGUGACUGGCCCAAGGGCACCCAAUGAGCUUCAGGGCUGAGCGAGGAUCUUGACCCCGGACUUGCAGGCCUGGGUACGAGACUCUUCACCACCACACCACACGGGCUCUGCAAUGUCUUGCUCUCUGUGCAACUCUGGUGAGGAUCCCUCUCUGCUUUCUUGAGAGGGGUUUUCAGGGGUUCGUGGUGAAGGGGACAGAAAGACCACUUGUACGAAUUCCUUCUUCUCAGCGGACCACGCCCUGGCUCCAUUUCUCCUCAUCUAAAAUUGCCUGCAUUUAUUAGUAUAGAAAAAACAGCUUUUAAAAACGCUUCUCCCCACAGAUUUUCCCGCCCCCAGUAAUCCAGCAGUCCUACUUUUGUUGACAGUACUGACCAGUGCUUUUCUUUUCCCUAAAAAAAUGUUUAGGGGGUGCUCUCAUUUUCCUACUCAUUGAAAUACCGCUCUUCAAUGAGGCCAAACUUAGAUUCACAAAAUGUUUAGGGGUAUGUGUUCCCCUGUGUCCCCCCCAGAAAAAAAAGCACUGGUACUGACUGGAAGUCAUACGUUUCUGCACCUUGUAGGUAAUCAAAGCAUGGCAGCUUCAACCUCAGUUCGGUCAUAAAGCCCACCUGUCUUCCAAGCUGCCAUUCCCAACUCUCUGGGAUUAGAAAUCAAUUCCUCAAGGUUCAGGCAGGGAUAGUAUUUAGAGCACAUGCACUUUCUCUGCUCUGCGCUGCUGCUGCUACCUUUGCAGUUAAAUGGAGCACUCGUGUCUUCGGCCUUGUCACAAAAUCCAUCUUUAGUAAGGGAUUGGUGUUGCCAUAGCAACUAUGCAGUGGAGCCUUGGGAGAUCUGCUUUGCUCAUCCUGUUCUCUGGCUUGUUGUGAGGGAUGUAUAAAGCAUUUGAUAUAGAAAGUUUGAGGUCGCUGUCUUGCUACGGGUCUGAGGCCUCUGGCCGGCUCUUAGAAUGAGCUCUGCGAUCUAUUGGUUUCCCUCUGCAUAGGAAAACAGGUGCCGGCCCUGACAGAGUGACAAUAUCACGACCCCCAAAUUUUGUUGAAUGUGCUUUGUCGAAUCGAGAAGUUUUGCCUUGCUGUUAAUAUCGCCGGAAAGAUUAGGUGGCAGUCAUCCAAGUUUUGCUCAGAGUAGGCCCGUUAAAGUUAACGUACUUGAGUUAGGCCUGUUCAUUUCAAAGGGUCUACUCUGAGUAAGGGCGCUUCAGUGUUGAAAAACAAAGCAAAACAUGCAGUGUUAACUGCAGAGAUGUUGCUGUGCAUCAGCAACAGAAACUGGAGUCAGACGUCUUAUGUGUAAAUUUUAAAAACGAGGAACGAGCAAAGAGAUUUCUCUUCUUACCCCUCCAACCUGCAUGUAUUGAAUUAUAAAUGUUAAUCAUACUGAUUUCAUGUAGGCUAGCAUUGCAAUAACUUGUGUGUGCCCCAAGCCUUGUUCAGAGUUGGUUUUGCAUUGAGCAGUACUCAUUUUUGUUUUUUAUAAAGAGCCAAAAUUCACCUUGAGAAACUGUUCCAAACACAGAGCUAAUAUGAAGGGGGGGGGAGGGGAAAGCAUUAAAUGCUAAAUUUUGGUGUGUCAGGCUGUUCCAAAAGGGGCUCCCCCUUUUGUGACUUGUUCAUGAUCUCUUUUCCAUGAUGGGUUUCUGGAUGUUUUUGCCUUAGAGCAGGGACAAGGCGAAGCGAUUUCACUUUACAGUGUCUGCUCUUUGCAAAAUGUGAAUAUUGCAAGGAAUCCAAACACAAUUAGGCUAUGGGGAUUGGGGAAUGGAUAUUUCAAAUAAAGUAGCCAGUGUUUCUCCAAAGCUGGCUGUUUCCCGACCCUUCAGUUGGACUCGAGCCCUGUACUUUGAACCCCACUCCUUUCAGGGUUUUCAUUCUUGUUUUUCAGAAGUAAACCAUGUUAAGUGUGAACUUUCUGUGUUUCUGUUCCCAGAAUUAUGUGAAGGCAAUGAGGCUGUUUGUCGGAGAACCUGUGUGGACAGCGUACAACAGGCCUGCGGAUCAUUUUCCUGCUCGAGUACAGUACCAGCAAUCUCUGGUGCAAGCAGCACAAUAAACCAGUGGGAAGGUUCGAGACUCAGUUUCCCACAACUUCUGAACAAUGGAAAUAGCAAAAUGGCCUUUUUAAUGCCACCCGCUUAUUAAUGAGACGUUGGUUUCCUGCAGCUCUAAUGUAGGGGAAGCAAAUAGAGGGGAAUGUUUGUUCUGUUCUUCCUCAAUCAAUUGUUGGAUGGAAGAUGAUUACCUUUCCUUUUCUUAAAAGUGGGAGAGAUCUUUUUGAGCAGAUCUGGAGGUUGCAUUUAACUUCGACUAGUUAAUCCAAGGAUCUCUCUGCUGCUCACUUAGUUAAAUAAUUCAGUUACACCUGAAGAUUCAUAUAGUGUAGCUUUCCCAACUUUGUGAGGGCACCAAGCUGAGGAAGGCUGAUGACAAGGCAAUAUAAAUGCUUACCUGAUCUUGUUUUGCUUUUCAAUACAGUACAGAUUUAUUCAGUUGAGGAUAAGUUGAUUUUUUUCUUUUUAAAAAUACAAAUUCAAAACUGUUUGAAUACUUUUUCAGUUAAUCCAGUGCUGUGCUCAUGCAAAGAGAGGGGAAUUCACUUUGUGCAAAUGCUGCUUUAGCAACAAAUAUUUGGGCAGAAACUAUGAAUAGCAACCUUAUAACGCUGCCUUAUCCAGUAGCCUGAGGUUUUGGUUGUUUUUAACAAUCGAGCGGUACAUAAAUUUUAUGAAAUAAAUAACUAAAUAGAACUACUGUGUCUCAUAAAUGAGUUGGGACAAACCAGGUUCCCUCUGUCUGGCUUCCUUAACUGUCUAAGCAUUUGGAUAAACAGAGUUCUUUUCCGCCUUAGGUGCAAUCCA